AUGUGGAUCAUCUCAUUUUGGGUCUUUCCGGUCAUUUCAGCAUGCACCUGGGUUGCUAUGCUGAUUGCCAUGUUGGCAACCUGGGCUCGAGAAGGUAGCCCUAUAUACGCCAGUAUGGAAACCGGUCAAACAAUCGCAUAUAUCUCCGACAUUGGUGCUCAGGGCCUCAAGCCCCUUUUCAUUGCAGGGAGCUGCGUGACUGUCGCCUUUCUCGACCUCUCCUUUCUCUCCGAACGAUGGCUUCGUCACGCAGGGCAGCUGGUACCCAACAAGGGUCUGUUCGAUAAAAGCUGUGCGAUUGCCUCCAUCUGCUUCUCGAUCGCCGGUGCGCUGGGUUUGAUUCUGCUAUCAAUCUUCGAUACGUUGCGGCAUCCGCAUAUGCAUGACGGGUUUCUGGUGAUGUUCUUGGCGGGCUACCUCAUCAGCGCAAUCCUCAUCUGCUGCGAAUACUGGCGGCUAGGGAUCUUCUACCGCUCCCAGCAUCGUGUCCUCCUGGCCAGUUUCAUCAUCAAGCUCUCCUUCGUCAUUAUCGAGAUUGCGCUGGCCAUUGCGUUCGGCGUCUUGGGAAAUAAGGGCGGACAUUAUCGCAAUGCCGCUGCGGUUUUAGAAUGGGUGAUCGCUUUAAUUUUUACGUUCUAUGUCCUGUCCUUUGUGGUUGACUUGUUGCCUUCGGUUCGCACCCGAAAACACGUGCCGCAAGGCGAGAAGCGCAUCGAGUUGGGCCGGAACGGGCACGCCCAUGUCAGCACCAGCAGCGACCAAGGGACUGAAGAAGUACCCGUCACCACCGACUCGGCCGGACCCAAUGCCAACUACUAUCGCGGUCAACGGAUUUAUUAG